AGACUCUGUCUCAAAAAAAAAAAAAAAAAAAUUGUGAAAGCCAAUUCUUGGAUAUUGCUGCUGACUUUUGAUUGUGUGUGCGUGUGUGGGAGUUAUCUAAAGUUCUGAGUUGCUUUGAUUAAUUCACCAAAUAGGUCUUGAGUUGCUUUCUUAAGUUUGGGCUGUGUAGUGGUAUGGGGUCAUUGUUUAUCAGGUGCUGUCUAAGACCAAAAAAAAAAGAUAUUUUGGGGUUUCUCAAAUACCUUGCCUUGCCCAGGCCCCAGCCCCUUCAGUAACAUUAGGGUCUGAGCCUUCUGUCCAGAAAGCUGUUGCUGCACCUGUCUGUGCUUCAUUAGAUUGUCCUUUCAGCUGAAACCUGGCUGGGUUCACAAUGACGACUCAGGAAGCUUGGGAGUUAGAAGGUGAUGUUGGUGUGGUCUAAGCCCAGGGGGACCUACUCACCUUUCUUGGUUAUUUCUAAUGCAUCCCAGGUGGGGAAUCUACAGUCUAGGGCCAAAAAGCAGGUGGGCAUUCUCUCCUUCCCUCCCAAGCAGUGCUGAUGUCUCCCUUGCUGAACACAAGCUCCCUCUGAAUACAUUCCUGCCUGUUAUCUAGGAUAGCAGUCAGCAUCGUUUUGGGGAACAGGGACUGGUUUUCUGGAAGACAGUUUUUCCACAGAUAGGAGGCAAGGGACAUCAGGGUCUUAUAAGGAGCAGGCAAUCUAGAUCUUCCAAUGCCAAUUUACAGUAGGGUUCAUACUCCUGUGAGAAUGUAAUAUUGCCCUGAUCUGACCGGAGAUAGAGCUCAGGUGGUGAUUCCAGUGAUGGGAAGCUGCUGUAAAUGCAGAUGAAGCUUCCCUCACUCUCGCCACUCACUUCCUGCUAUGCUCCUGGUUCUUAACAGGCCACAGCCUGAAACUGGUCUGCACAGGGUAUUGGGAACCCCAGCUGUAGACGCCUGCGGUCUGUUCCCCCACCCCAGCCCUUCCAGGUAGUACACCCUCUAUUCCUGGGAUUCCUAUGGCUUUGCUUCUUUUUAGAGGGGGGAAUUGGGAAAUCGACCACUUGAGGAAAUUACAAGAAACAGCGAGUUCACCUUCCUGUCCCCAUUUUCUUUAAGACUGAGCUGCUGCAGGUGUUGCUGGGGGCUAACAGACCUUCUCCCUACAGGCUCAUGGGGCAGAGUGAAUUCGAUCACUGCCCACCUAUGGAACGGCUGUAACAUCUGCCCAUGAAGGAAGGAAUUCUACAAGUUACAGAGCACUUUUCGAGGCCUCUCCCUUUUCUGUUACCUCUCCUUUUGCAAGCCCUAAGAAAACUAAUACUUAGCCACAGCAUGAGGCAGCGAGCCCCAUGGUGUGAGUGGUACACUUCCAUGUGAGCCGUGCUCACCAUGUUCGCAGGGACGGGAUCAGCUGCGCCUGGAAGGCCUUACACGUGCAGUGAGUGCGGCAAGAGUUUCCGCUAUAGCUCGGUGCUGCUGCGGCACGAGCGCACCCACCGCAGCAGCGGCUUCCCCUGCCUGGAGUGCGGGGCGAGCUGCGCACGGGCCACCGACCUCUGGGCGCACAGGUGCACACACCCUGGCCAAACCCUCUACGUUUGCAGCGAGUGUGGCCAGAGCUUCCGCCACAGCGGCCGCCUGGACCUCCACUUGACCACUCACUGGCGAGGUCGUACCUGCCUCUGCCGCCUUUGCGGCCGCCGUUUCACCCACCUCCCAACUGGGCGGUGGAGUCACACUCGCGUCCACCUGGCCCAGAGCCCGGUGUCCCAGGGCCCCUGUGACCCCAACACGCACCAGUGUGGCGUGUGCGGCAAGAGCUUCAGCAAGAACUCCACGCUAACACGACACCUGCAGACGCACUCUGGGGAGAAACCUUUUAGGUGUCCUGAAUGCGGCAAGGGCUUCUUGGAGAGUGCCACACUGGUGCGCCAUCAGCGAACACACACGGGUGAGAAGCCCUAUGCUUGUGGGGACUGCGGGCGCUGCUUCAGUGAGAGCUCCACGCUGCUGCGCCAUCGGCGUAGCCACCAGGGCACAAGGCCACACGCAUGCGCCACCUGUGGCAAGUGCUUCGGGCAGCGAUCUGACCUGGUAGUGCACCAGCGGAUCCACACGGGCGAGAGGCCUUUCCCGUGCCCGGACUGCGGCCGCUGCUUUAGCGACCGCUCAGACCUCACUAAGCAUCGGCGCACACACACGGGUGAGAGGCCUUACCGCUGCGAGCUGUGUGGCAAACAAUUCACUUGUGUGUCCAACCUCAACGUGCACCGGCGAAACCACACUGGCCACAAGCCGCACAAAUGCCCUGAGUGUGGCAAAGCCUUCAGCGUAGCCUCCAAGCUUGCACUGCAUCGCAAGACGCACCUGGGUGAGCGCCCAGCAGAGUGCGCUGAGUGCGGCAAAUGCUUUAGCCACAGCCGCUCGUUGUCGCAACACCAGCGGACCCACGCACGCACCCGCACUGCCGCAGCCACCACCCUGGCUGUCGUGGGGCCAGCAGGACAGGGCUCUUCAUGUCCCAGUUGAGAGAGACUUGCUAAGAGGCUCUUCUGGAGGUGGUCAGGUGAACACCAACAUCACAUCACACCAACCGCGCAGUGCCUGGUGGCUGCCUUCUCACCUUCCGGUGCAGCCCUUCACCUGCCCUGCCUCUCUACCAGCCUUGUCAAGUCUUUCCCCCACCUUAGUCCUCAUACUGUAGUGUAGGUACAGGGAACUGGGGAUACCUCUCAGACCCUGCGUGUGAGAGAGCCUAGAUGUUGGCAUAUCCCAUUGCUGUGACUCUGCUCUGCCAUUUUCUUCCCUGUUUCUCUGCCUAUGUUCUGUCUUCUCUGGUCUCAUCUCCUUAUUGUAACCUGUAUCUCCUCUGCUACUCCUUCCCUGGUCCCUUUGCUGUCGUGUCACAUGUCACUGGCCCUGUAGUCUUGCCUCUUGAUUCCACCUGUUAAUCUCUCUAAUGUUUUUCCCCUCUGCUUCCAAGAAGGAAGGUGUAGAGGUGGGAAAUUUGCAGUCAGAGAAGGAUGUGUCCAUGCUGGGAGCUGCCUGCUCUCUAGCAGAGGUGGCCUAGCUGGUGAAGGAGAGGGCCAGGGCCCUCUGCAUGGCCACUUACCUGUCCCCAGGGCAGAUCAAGGUAUCUCUCAGGACAGUGUUCUCCAACCAGGUUGGGGACAUUUGCCCUGAUACCUAGGCCAGACCAUAUGUCCAUGGAGAUAGGUGCUAUCAAGUAGGGCAUCAGAAUGUUUCUAAGUCUGGCUUGGAACUCUGGGGAACACCCACAUGAGGAAUGUGAAGAAUGGCAAGUCCCCCUGGAACUGGCCAACAGCUUUUUGCUUAUGGCUCCUGAAAUAAAGAGUGGUUUGGGUUCUGGA